AUGGCUGCCUACAACGCCGAAGAAUUCAUCGGCGAGGCCAUUGAUAGUGUUCUCCAGCAGACCUACCCCCACUGGGAACUUCUUGUUGUUGAUGACGGUUCGAAAGAUCGCACCAAGGAAAUCGUCAACGAAUACUCGCAGCGCGACUCUCGCGUGCGAUUGAUCACUAUCAACCAUGGCGGAGCAAGCGGCGCCCGUAAUGCGGGUAUGCGUGAAGCGCAAUAUCCUUGGGCCGCUGUGCUCGACGCCGAUGAUGUCGCCCUGCCCCAACGCUUUCAAGUGCAAAUCGAAGCUGCCGAAGCCGAUCCCGAGGUUGUGCUGUGGGGCAGCUAUUCACAAGACAUUGGUCCGCAAGGGCAACGCGGUGCGCUGCACAAGUCGGGACCCACUUCGCGGGAAGAGUUUCAGAAGCUUCGCGAGAAUGGCGAACCGGUGGUGUUGCGGAACUCGACGAUUCUCUUCCGCCGCGACCUGGCAUUGGAAAUCGGUGGGUUCGAUUCCCGGCUUGAGCCAUGCGAAGACUUGGAUUUUUGGGAUCGCAUGGCCGAACACGGACCUGUGAUGACCCUGACCGACAACCUGGUGCUUUAUCGUCGGCACGACGGAAGCAUCACCAACCAACGCUUUGAGGCCGGCUUGAAGGUCACUCGUUUUGUAGAGGAACGCAACCGAGCUCGGCUGAAGAAUGAAACCGUCGACUGGGAGACGUUCUCGAAGAAUUACGAUGCUGCAGGCUUUCCCACCCGAGUUACACGCCGCAUUGACUCAGCCGGCAGGUUCUUUGGACGACAAGCAGUGGCCGCCCACACCGAAAAGCGGCCCGUGCGUGCAGUGGCAUUGUUAUUAGCCGCGACGGCUUUAUGCCCGCGAAUCAUGUUGACGCGCAUUUGGAAGCAACGCGCGCGAGAAGGAACCAUCAUGCGUCACUUUGGCCGUAGCCUUCGACGUAAGCAGAGCCGGCUUCGCUCCAACCUGCGAAAUCGCACGACCCUUGGGCACACCUCCUGCCAUGUCGAACCUCUCGAAGUACGAGCCCUGCUGGCCAUCAACACCAUCUAUGCGGUGAACACGGGUGGCCCGGAAGUGAUCGCCCCCGACUCGACGGUGUGGGAGGAAGAUUCGACGGCUGUCCCCAGCAUCUACUCCAACCAAUCGACGGCCGGCAGCCUGACGUUCACCACGGGCAAUCCGAUUGACACUUCGGCCAUUGCCGCCGAGAUUCCACCGUCGAUCUUCAGCAGCGAACGCUACGGCGUAGGCGGCGUUCCUAUGGAGUGGGACUUCCCGGUCACCGCCGGCAACUACGAAGUGCGUUUGUAUUUCUCGGAAAACUACGACGGCAACUGGGCCGUUGGCGCCCGCAUGUUCGAUGUGACGAUCGAAGGGCAGUUGGUGCUCGACAACUACGACGUGUUUGCCCAGGCCGGUGCAGAAACGGGCAUUAUGGAGUCGUUCAUCGUCUCCAGUGACGCGAACUUAGAUAUCGACUUCGGUUCGGUGGCGGAAAACCCGGCCAUUAAGGGAAUCGAGAUUCUUGAGAUCAUUGAGCCCAGCGUGCUCAACUCCUCGGCCACCGCUCUCGGCUUCGGCGAUGUCCUAAUCGAUCAAACCGACGAUCAACAGAUUACACUAACAAACCUGGGCGGAGUCGGUGAUCCUGCCAUCACCAUUAGCUCGACCACGAUCACAGGCUCGGCGUCUUUCACCGAUGAUUUCAACGAUGUAGCGGGCGUGGUGCUGGCUCCCGGCCAGUCGACUACGAUCUCGGUUACCUUCGCGCCUACGACGGAAGGUGCUGCGGCCGCGACGUUGGAAAUCGCUCACUCGGGUGCGAACUCUCCGAUCAAUGUGUCGCUCACGGGAGAGGGAACCGAGCCGCAGAUUGGCACCUCGCUCAUCCGCAUCAAUGCGGGUGGCCCUGCCAUUGGUAAUCCGGAAUGGGCUGAAGAUUCGGCAUCGAACCCCUCCCCGCUCAGUAAUUCCGUAGCUGCCAUCAGCCAGACCUUUGCGACGGGCACCGCGAUCGACAUGAGCGAUCCUUCGAUUCCGGUGGGAACCCCGGCCGCACUCUUCCAGUCCGAGCGUUCGGACACGAUCCCGGGCGACCCAAUGGAAUGGGACAUCCCGGUAACCGCCGGCCCCUAUGAAGUGCGACUGUACUUUGCAGAAAUCUUCGAAGGGAACGCCUCGGUUGGCGCCCGCAUCUUCGAUGUUUCGAUUGAAGAUCAAUUGGUGCUCGACGACUACGACAUCUUCGAAGACGUUGGUGCGUUCGCGGGUGUUGUGAAGACGUUCCAGGUUUCGAGUGAUGGCAAUCUCGAUAUCGAUUUUGGUCAGGUAGUCGAGUUGCCCUCGAUCAAGGCGAUCGAAAUCGUUUCGCUGCAAGAGUCCAACGCCCUGUUCGUCGACGCGCAGGCGAUCGAGUUUGGCUCUAUCUGGACAUCCAGCCCGACCAUUCGCCCCAUCACCGUGACCAACGCUGGUUUUGAGGGCGAUCCUUCGAUCACCAUCAAUUCAACCACCAUCACCGGGUCGACGGCCUUCAUCGAUAACUUCGACGACGUGAACGGGGCGGUACUCGCUCCAGGUGAAUCGAUCGUGAUCGGGGUGACGUUUGCCCCCGACGCCGAGGCUGCUUUCCAAGGCGUGCUGGAGAUUCAGCACUCUGGCCAGAACAACCCUGUAACCGUUGACCUCUCUGGCACCGGUACCGACAUCGCGCCGGUGGGCUUUGGUAAGAGCAUCCUCGGUGGUGUCGCUGCCCCCGAUAGCCCGACUUCGUUGCAGUGGGGUCCCGAUGGGCGGCUCUAUGUGGCCUUCCAAGACGGCACGAUCAAUAUCUACUCCGUUGUGCGCAACGGCAGCAAUGACUACUCGUCCACGCUCGAUGAGUCGAUUACCCUGGUGAAGGACAUUCCGAACCAUGACGAUGACGGAACGCCCAACCCCAAUGUGAAUGACCGCCUCGUCACCGGAAUUAUGAUCGCAGGGACAGCGCAGAGCCCGAUCAUUUACGCCACCUCCGGCGAUCCGCGGAUUGGUGCCGGUCCUGACGGUGAAGACCUGAACCUGGAUACCAACUCCGGCACGCUGUCGCGGCUUACCUGGGAUGGUUCGCAAUGGUCGAAGGUUGACCUCGUUCGCGGUUUGCCCCGCUCGGAAGAGAAUCACAAUGUGAACGGGCUCGUGCUCGACGAAAGCACGAACACGAUCUACCUCACGUCCUCGGGUAACACCAACAACGGUGCCCCUUCCUUCAACUUUGCCUACCUUGCUGAGUACGCCUACUCAACGGCGAUUCUGUCGGUCGACAUGAAUGUGAUCGACGCCCUACCCGACUUGGUUGACGUGAACGGCACGGUCUACAAGUACAACCUGCCGACUCUAGACGACGAAGAUCGCGAUUUCGAUGGCAAUGGAAGCGAUGAGGACCUUGCUAACGGCUACCAAGAUGUUUUCGGCGGUAACGACGGCAAGAACCAAGCCUAUAUCGACCCCAAUAGCCCGGUACAGAUUUACUCUCCGGGGUACAGAAACCCCUACGACAUUGUUCUCACGCAGAAUGGCAACCUGUACACCAUCGAUAAUGGUGCCAACGCCGGCUGGGGCGAUGUGCCGAUUAUCGAUCCGGAAACGGGGCUGGCGACCAACGAACCUAACGAGCCGGGCGAAACGGUUCUCGACAACCUGCACUUUAUCUCGGGCCCUGGCUAUUACGGUGGUCACCCCAACCCGACGCGUGCGAACCCCGACAACACGUUCAAUCCCACGAAUCCCCAGUCGCCUAUCGCGUUGGUGGGUGGCAAUGCGAUUGAAAGCUUCUUCGCUGUUCCGCAGGCAGACACUGGUUCGAUGGCCGUGUUUGGCUCUUCGACCAAUGGGUUGACGGAAUAUACCGCCAGCAACUUUGGUGGUGCGAUGCAAGGUGAUCUGCUCACCGCGAACUACUUCGGUGGCAACAGCAUCACACGACUGAGUCCCGAUGAAACCGGUGCGGCCCUCGACUUGAACGAAGUUCUGUUCUCCAACGUAGGCGUAGCCCCGCUGGACGUGACGGCCAUCGGCGACAACGGCCCGUUCCCUGGCACGAUCUGGGUGGUGGAUUGGUUCACCGGAGAUGUGAUCGCCUUUGAGCCGAAUGAUUACGAAGGUGGCGGUGGCGGACCCAUCGAUCUGAACGAUCUUGAUGGCGACGGUUACACGAAUGACGACGAAAUUGCCAACGGCACGAAUCCCAACAGCGCCGCGGAUGUACCGGCCGACAACGAUCUGGAUUUCAUUUCCGAUCUGCUGGACGACAACGACGACAAUGACGCGUUGUUGGAUGUUGAAGAUCCGUUCGCCAUCGAUCCCGACAACGGGCUGACGACCACGCUCGGCGUGGCUUACGGUUGGGAGAACGACGAAGCGAGCCCCGGUGGACUUCUGAACUUGGGCUUCACCGGGCUGAUGAUUAAUGGCCAAGACAAUUACAAAGAUCUCUUCAACAUUCAGAACCUCACCGCGGGUGGUGCCGCGGGUGUGCUCACCCUGGACUUGAUCAGCGAGGGAGAUGCGAUUGGCCUGACCAACACGCAGGAACAAGCCUUCCAGUUCGGUGUGAACGUCAGCGGCGAGACAACACCCUUUACCGCCCACACGAGAAUUCUGGCCCCAUUUGCAGGCAUCACCCCUGAAGGCGACCAGUCGAUGGGCUUCUUCAUCGGCAAUGGUGACCAGGACAACUACAUCAAGUUCGUCGUCUCGGCCAAUGGCGGUGCAGGCGGACUGCAAACAGUCUCCGAAGUUGGCGGUGUUGUGACUGGCGGCACCCUCACUCCCAUGUCUCUGGCCGGAAUCGGCUAUAUCGACCUUUACCUGACCGUCGAUCCCGUUGCCCUCACAGUACAGGCCAGUUACUCGAUCACCUCGGGCGGAGAGACCGGACCGCAAACAACCCUCGGCACCCCGUUAAGCGUUCCCAGUGCAUGGCUCAACGGCCCCACUGCUAUGGCGGUGGGAGUUAUUUCGACAUCGGUUGGACCAGCCCCUGCAUUCUCUUCGACAUGGGACUUCCUCAAUGUUCUGUCUGACGAGGUGGCCGAGCCGGGCAGCUUGGUGGUAACGCCCGCGACGGUGGCUCCGUUCAGCGUCGAAGUUGGCGCAACGGGCACGCAGGAAAUUACGCUCAGCAACGUGGGUGAUCCUGGCGAUGCGGAUAUCACUAUCCUGACGACAACCAUCGUAGGAGCGGCGGCAUUCACCGACGACUUCAACGACGCAUCGAUCAUUGUGUUGGCGCCAGGCGAGUCGACGGUGAUUACCGUUGCCUUCGCCCCCACGACCGUUGGUCAGCAGAAUGCCACGAUUGAAAUCGCUCAUUCCGGGGUCAACACCCCUAUCAGUUUGGCCCUAACCGGCACCGGCACGGCUUCCAGUGGCGGAACUUCCAUCAUCCGCAUCAAUGCCGGCGGUCCAGCGGUUGGAACGCCCGAGUGGUCGGCCGACUCUACGGCCAGUCCAUCAUCGUUUAGCAAUGUGACCGCCGCCCAAAGCCAGGCUUACACGGCCGGCGAAGCGAUCGAUGUCUCCGAUCCUUCCAUUCCCGCGGGAACACCCGCAAGCAUCUUCGCCACCGAGCGCUACGAUUUGAUUGGCGGAGCGGAGAUGCAAUGGGACAUUCCGGUCACCGCAGGCCUGUACGAAGUGCGGCUUUACUUUGCUGAAACGUACGCAGGAAAUGCGGUGUUGGGCGCACGCGUGUUCGACGUGUUGAUUGAAAACCAGUUGGUGCUCGACAACUACGACGUGUUCGCCGACGUCGGUGGCUUCACGGGCGUGAUGAAGUCGUUCAUCGUCUCCAGCGAUGCCAAUUUGGACAUCGACUUCGCCCGCGUGACAGAAAACCCGGCAUUGAAGGGUAUCGAGAUCGUCCAGAUCGCUGAGACCGAUACGCUCAGCAGUUCGGCCGCUUCACUCAAUUUCUCGACCGUCGAAAUUGGAGAGACGGGCACCCAGCAAAUCACACUCACGCAUGUGGGCAGCUUGAGUGACCCCGACAUCACGAUUUCGUCGACCGCCAUCACUGGUUCGGUCGCGUUCACCGACGACUUCGACGAUAUCAAUGGUGUGGUGCUGGCUCCCGGCGAGUCGGUCGUCGUUACGGUCUCGUUCGAUCCGACGGAAGCGGGCCUACAAACCGCCAAUCUUCAGGUCGUCCACUCGGGGCUGAACAGUCCGAUCAGCAUCCCACUGCAAGGCACCGGCACAACGCCGUCUGUGGGAACUUCGCUCAUUCGCAUCAACGUUGGUGGCCCCGCGGUCGGUACCCCCGAGUGGUCGGCCGAUUCGACGGCCACCCCAUCGACAUUCAGCAACGUGGCGGCGGCGCAAAGCCUGACUUACACCGCCGGUGAAGCGAUCAACGUCACCGAUCCUUCGAUUCCGGUGGGAACCCCGGCCAGUAUCUUCUCGACCGAGCGGUACGACCUCAUCGCUGGGGAAGAGAUGCAAUGGGAUAUUCCAGUCACGGCGGGUCAGUAUGAGGUACGUCUUUACUUUGCUGAGACCUACGGUGGCAAUGCCGUCAUCGGUGGUCGAGUGUUCGAUGUACUCAUCGAGAACCAGCUUGUGCUCGACAACUACGAUGUGUUCGCCGAUGUCGGUGGUUUCACGGGUGUGAUGAAGUCGUUCAUCAUCACCAGUGACACGAACCUGGAUAUCGACUUCGCCCGAGUGACCGAGAAUCCGGCACUCAAGGGUAUUGAGAUCAUUCAGAUCACCGACAGCGAAGAAUCGGAGUUGGGCACUUCGGCCACGGUACUCGACUUCGUUGGGGUUGAAGUUGGGCAGACUCCAACCCAGCAGAUCACGCUCACGAACCUGGGCGAGGUUGGCGAUCCAUCGAUCACGAUAGCCUCGACGGUGAUCACCGGAUCGACGGCCUUCACCGAUGAUUUCGACGACAUUAACGGUAUUGUGCUCGCCCCAGGUGAGUCGACGGUAAUCACGGUGACUUUCGCCCCCACCGUCGGUGGAGCAGCCGCGGCCGACCUCACGAUCACCUACGACGGCGAGACCUCGCCGCUGAUCAUUCCUCUGAGCGGGCUGGCAAACACCGUCGGUUCGACGAGUGCGGCACUGUUUGAAAUCAACCCAGGCAACGCGAUCAACAGCAGCACGUUCCUGGCGAGUUCGUUCAUCAUUGAGAAUCUCUCGCCCAAUGGCCAGAACAUCACCUCGGUGCAGCUCAACCUGUCGACGGCUAUUCUGCCUGAUAUGGUGUUCGAUCCGCUUGGUAAUGCGGGCGACCUCACCUUCAAAGACCUGACGGCCGAUUCGUCGGGUCCUCUCGUGGGGCUUGGCACGCACAGCUACAGUGGUGCUCACGAUGGCGGGUUCGAUAUUCUGACGAUCCCCUUCAGCGACUUUGGUCCGGGCGAGAGCUUUGAGUUCUCCCUCGAUGUCGAUCCAACAAGCAUUACGGGGGUUCCCAGCCCUGGUCCUCAAGAGUCGGGUUCGGUCAGUGGGCUGGAACUGGUGGGAGCCACCGUGACGAUCGUCUUCGACGACGGUUCGACUCAUACGGCCCAGGUUUAUCGCACUCCAGCAAGCAAUGGAGCCUCUGAGAAUAUCGUUCGUGCUGAAACCCUCGCUCAGCCAACGGUCGAAUUGGUAGGCACGCCUUACAGCCCAACGUUGGAAACCAGUGAAGUGAACCAAACGGUCCGCAUCACGGGGCCCGUGGGCGCUAGCGUUUCUCUGUUGAUGGUUGAAAGCGGGCUCUUCACCGAUGGACUGCCCGGUGGCGGGUUCGAUAUCGACCCGUUCGAAACCAACACCGCGUUGGGUGUACAAGAGUUCCAAGCCACGAUCGGUGCCGGCGGAUUUGUCGAUAUCCCGGUCACCUUGAUGAACACGAACGCCAACGGUGGAUUGAACUCGCUCGUGGCGGUCAUUCGCGACACCGACGGACACACUGGGCCGCUCUCGCCGCCACUUGCCGUGCAGGUGGUGGAGGCGACAAGCAAUACCACGCCCUCGGUCGAUUCGCCCAUCGGUUCGAUUGAGGUCACCGAGAAUGAUCCCAGCACUACAAUCGAUCUGACAAGCGUGUUCAGCGAUGUUGAAGACGGCACGAAUCUGACGUUCACGGUCGAGAGUAAUUCGAACCCGACGUUGGUCGAUGCAUCGAUCGUCUCGGGUACACUCACGCUCGACUAUCUGGCCAACCAAACGGGUACGGCCACCAUCGUCGUGCGGGCGACCGACUCAGGUGGGCUGUUUGUUGAAGACACGAUUACGGUCACCGUCAAUCCGGAAAUCGUCGUGCCCAGCAUUCUGCCGAGCACCCCGGGUUACUACGACCCAGCUACGGCAAUGUUUGGCCUGCGAAGCGAGUUCUCGGCCGGACCGGCCGACGUGGCGAGCUUCAACUUUGGUAUGCCUGGGUGGAUCCCCAUCGUUGGCGACUGGGAUGGGGACGGGGAUGAUACCGUGGGCUUGUACAAUCCCACCACGGCUACCUUUUACUUGAACAAUGGUCACGAUGGAACCGCAGAUAUUCCGGCCUUCAACUAUGGUGUGCCGGGGUGGAUUCCGAUUGCGGGCGACUGGGAUGGGGACGGGAUCGAUACGAUCGGCGUGUUCUAUCCCGAUGCCGCCGUGUUCUUCAUGCGAAAUUCGAAUGACAGCGGAGUCGCGGAUAUCGCCUUGGCAUACGGCGGGGCAAACUGGAAGCCGGUAGUUGGCGACUGGGACGGUGACGGCAUCGACACCAUCGGGGUCUUCGAACCUACGGCCGCCACGUGGUUCCUUCGCAAUUCCAACAGUGCCGGAAGCCCUGACAUCGCCCCGUUCACCUACGGCGGAGCGAACUGGACGCCGCUGGUUGGCGACUGGAACGCCGACGGAGUCGACUCGAUCGGCAUUUGGAAUCCGGCCAGUGCCGAGUUCUAUCUCCGGAAUACGAAUGGCUCCGGAGCACCCGACAUCGGGCCAUUCGUCUACGGCACCCCGGGCAAUGUCCCGAUCGUCGGCAACUGGGUUACCGCACCGGAGCUCCUUAGUCUGGCGGCCCCCACAACUAGCUUCAGCGAGCUUGCGUUCGCUACCUUAAGUGUGGAGCCAACGCCUACCGCUGUUGCAAGCGAACCUGCCGUGCCAGCCGACCUGGUCUUCGCCGAGAUUGAUGAAGAAGAAGUAAUCGUCUCAGAACCGCAGACGACCAAGCCGACCACAACCAAGCUUUCGGGCACGUUCGUCGGACCGGUACCUUCGAGCACGACGACUGAAGCCGACGACGUGGAAGACAGCCUGGCCAAGUCGAUCAUGAAGACGCUCCGCAGCCGCAGCUCGCUGAAUCGGGUUACCGACCUCGUGCUGAAAAGCUUGUAUAAGUAA